AAAUGGUACCUGUUUGUUGACAAACAUAAGCAGCAUAUUUACGGGGUCAAAGCAAGCAAAAUGGAUAAUCCUAUAACAUCCAAUGGGGAUAGUUUCGAUAGACACAGUGAACAGAUAUUGAAAAACAUUCUUAGUCCAAUUGAACCUUUCGUAAUGCAAAUCCAAAGCCUGCUUGUAUGGGAGAGUCCAAGAAGAAGUUCAGUGUUAUUUAUUAUUAUUCAUACAAUAUUUUGGUUUUUUACAGUAUUUGGUGGUAGAAUCUAUUUUCUUAUCAGUACAGGUUUGAUAGUAUCAUAUUUUAUACGGACUUGGAAGAGAAGGAUAUGGCCAGAGAUUAGAGUUCCACCAAAAGAGCCAGAGGAUCCAGACAGCUGGACACCUGUUCAUCCUCGUUUACUGAGUGUGCCAGAAAUAUGUAAAUAUCUUGCUCAAAUAUGGUGCUCUUUUGCUAAAGUUGUAAAGAGUUGUCUGUCUUUUAGAAGAAAUUACAGAUUUUUGUUUUGUGUUGUAAGCUGUUUUGUCUUCAUAUCACUGGCUAUAUUGGGCCAUUAUAUACCAGGAUUAAUGUUGUCUUAUGUAACUGUGAUUAGUUUAAUGUUGUGGCCAUGUGUUUUAUAUCAUAACCUUCUACAAAGAUUCUACCUCAAGUUUGAACCAUUGUUCAUGAAACUAGACUACUCGCUUAAACUGAAGUCUAAGUGGUCAUUUAAAGGAAAGAAAUCUCGAACGGGUGAUGCAAGUCUUAAUUCUUUUGAUGAAGACAAUGGAAAUACAGACACAGAUUCUGAUGAUUUUUGUCCAUCACUGGACCCUGAAGCUACAGCUGCCCUUGCUAGAGCCAUUACUGACAGUGAAGAUGAGAGUAAUGGUACCCCAUCCAUUAACACACCCAUGUUGUCUAAAGAACAUUCAUUUAGUGAUGAUCAUGAUGAGGAUUUUACACCAGAUCUUGACAAUCUACCUUCAAUUGGUUAUUUAGAUGACACAGACGAUGAAAUUUUAGAUCCACCACUUCCAAAAUAUAAAAAUUCAGACAAUAACUCAAAUGGACAAGAAACAAUGAAGUUUUAUCCAUCACAUUUUGGGGACAGUUCUGAAGAUGAAGAUGAAACUUUAACCAGAGAUCUGAAGUUUCCUGACAUUCAUGAAGUACAAUCACCUGAACCUAGUCAACCUGUUGCUACGCAACAGGAUGCAGGUAUGGCUUUACUUGCUUCAACCAUUGUGUCACAAACAUUCUCCUCCAUGAUGCAGUCAGCAAUGUCAGGUUUUAACAAAAUGGCAGCAACAUCUUCAAAUGGCAGCAAAUCAAGUAAAGUGACAUAUGUGAAAGACGAAUCAGACAUAGAUAUACUAUCAGGAGACAGAAGUGACUCAUCACCAAGGCGUCAGUCAUCUGACAGUGAUGUUGACAUUGCAGAUGAAUUUGAAUUUCUUGAGCAGUAUGAUGUAGAUGAUACAGAUAAGACUAAAUAACUGAGCAUGGAGUUUUGUAUUGUUGAUCGUUCAUCUUCAAUGCUUUUAGUUUUAUUUAACAAACAGUAUUUUAAAAAAUACUGUUGCAAGCGAAAUUUGUGAUUUUUUGUAUUAUCUGACAUUUUUAUACGGUCGUAAAUUGGUAUGACAAUCGGCGUCAUCAUCGUUGUCCGAAGACACAUUGGUUUUCGCACAAUAACUUUAGUUUAAGUGAAUGGAUCUCUAUGAAAUUUUACCAUAAUGUUCAAUACCACAAAAGGAAGGUUGGGAUUGAUUUUUGGGGUUAUGGUACCAAUAGUUAUGGAAUUAGGGGCCAAAAAUAAGCAUUUUUGUACCUUCCAGACAAUAACUUGUAUUUAAGUGUAUGGAUCUCUCUGAAAUUAUACCACAAGUUUCCAUACCACAAAGGGAUGGUAAGGAUUGGCUUUGGGGGGUUAUGGCUCAAACCAUUUAAGAAUUAGGGGCAAAAAAGGGGAAGAAACAAGGGUUUCCUGGUUAAUGGACAAUUUAAAAGCAGUGUAAGGGAGGUAAUCCAAAAACAAAAUUGUACAAUGUUGUACAAUGUUGGAUUACCUCCCUUACACUGCUUUUAAAUUAUCUAUUUAAGACUUUUAUGAUGUAUUAAAAUUGGUAAUUAUGGUUCCAAUACCAUUGGAAAUUUGAAUCGAGAUUAUGACCAUAUAUUGAGGGAAAGAAUUUUUUUUUGGAAAAGG